AUGCAGAAAGCCACCUACUACGACAACGCAGCGGCAGCCCUCUUUGGAAGCUACCCCUCUUACCCUGGCAGCAAUGGCUUCGGCUACGACGGCCCCCCUCAGGCCCCCUUCCAAGCCACCGCGCACCUGGAAGGCGACUACCAGCGCUCAGCGUGCUCACUGCAGUCCCUGGGCAACGCCGCCCCACAUGCCAAGAGCAAGGAGCUCAACGGCAGCUGUAUGAGGCCUGGCUUGGCCCCGGAGCCCCUGCCCGCCCCGCCGGGCUCACCCCCACCCAGCGCGGCACCCACCAGUACCACUAGCACCAGCAAUAGUGGGGGCGGGCCCGGCAAAAGCGGCCCCCCCAAGUGCGGCCCCGGCUCCAACUCCACCCUCACCAAACAGAUAUUCCCCUGGAUGAAAGAGUCGAGGCAAACGUCCAAGCUGAAAAACAGCUCCCCCGGCACAGCAGAGGGCUGCAGCGGCGGCGGAGGAGGAGCAGGAGGAGCUGGCGGGGGCGGCGGGGGCAGCGGCGGCGGGGGAGGGGACAAGAGCCCUCCAGGGUCAGCGGCGUCCAAGCGGGCGCGGACGGCGUACACGAGCGCGCAGCUGGUGGAGCUGGAGAAGGAGUUCCACUUCAACCGCUACCUGUGCCGGCCGCGCCGCGUGGAGAUGGCCAACUUGCUGAACCUCAGCGAGCGUCAGAUCAAGAUCUGGUUCCAGAACCGGCGCAUGAAGUACAAGAAGGACCAGAAGGCCAAGGGGCUGGCCUCGUCGUCGGGGGGCCCGUCCCCCGCCGGCAGCCCCCCGCAGCCCAUGCAGUCCACGGCCGGCUUUAUGAACGCCUUACACUCCAUGACCCCCAGCUACGAGAGCCCAUCCCCUCCCGCCUUCGGCAAAGCCCACCAGAACGCCUACGCGCUGCCCUCCAACUAUCAGCCCCCUCUCAAAGGCUGCGGCGCUGCGCAGAAGUACCCCCCGACCCCGGCGCCCGAUUACGAGCCCCACGUCCUCCAGGCCAACGGGGGUGCGUACGGGACGCCCACCAUGCAGGGCAGCCCGGUGUACGUGGGCGGGGGCGGCUACGCGGAUCCGCUGCCGCCCCCUGCCGGGCCCUCCCUCUAUGGCCUCAACCAUCUUUCCCACCACCCCUCGGGGAACCUGGACUACAACGGGGCGCCCCCGAUGGCCCCCAGCCAGCACCACGGACCGUGCGACCCCCACCCCACCUACACAGACCUCUCCUCUCACCACGCGCCGCCUCCUCCUCAGGGUAGAAUCCAAGAAGCGCCCAAAUUAACACACCUGUGACGGGAGAGGGCGGGUGGAGGGGCGAGGUGGGCGGAGGAGAGGUGCUGUGGAGCUGCGAGAGGCAUCCUUGAGGUCCCUGAAGCAGGGCACGGUGAGGGGGGAGGGAUGACGGCCAGGUUUGCCCGGCAGAGAAGGCUGGGAAUCCCUCCCCCCCCACACACACCUCAGUGACCGCAUUGAGGGCCCUCUGCCUGCCAACCCCAGAGAAAUCCACAGCAGAUUGGAGAUGAGCCCCCAGUCAGCCCCAGGGCUCCGACACCACCAGGUUGGGAUUCCCGGCUAAAGAGCAGGGUAGAGGAAGAAGUAGGAAGACCAGGCAGAGAAGCACAUUUUUUUUUAAGGAAAAAACCACACAGAUAAGAUGGCUAGGCCAUCACUAAACACUAAACACAUCAUCCACCUCUGUGGAUAAUGUUCCCAAAUUUUGAUUGUCCCCCCCCCCAACUCUUCUUACAGAAACACAUUGGACACAGUGGGCACCAAGUCCACUGUCCUCCCCCUUCCCUGAGGCCUCAAUGUGGCUCCCCUCUAGCUGAGGGUUCUUGGGGGGCACUGCCUCCUCCCCCACUCCUGGUUAGCCCCAUGUUUUUCUGCUCUAGGACAUUCACCUCAUCACCCUCACCCCGUGGACUGCCGUUUUCAGAGGGCUCAGGGAUGGCGAGAGAUCCUGUAAGUCAGAGCUAUAUUAGAAAUAAAUAUAUAUAUUUUUUUCUGUUGAGGCAGUUAGGAGGCGAAGGCAGCCCAGCUGUUGGGACUGAAGGCUUCCCUUCUUGCUGUCUCCCCCCACAAACUCCAUUUCAGCUGCAGGUC